AUGGCAGGGCCAGGGCAGGAGCCGGGCGAGCUGGGGGGACGAUGUCGCAGUGACGCAGGCCUGAAGACCAGGUCUCGAGCCGGGGCAGUGGUGGAGGUGGCUGAAGUAGUCAGAUCCCGGAAUAUUCUGCAGGGAGAGCUGACCAGAGUCCCUGACAGAUUGGACGAGGGAGGGGACCAGGCCUGCUGGCCGAGCCCGUCCCCUCAGCUGAUGCUGGGGCCUUUCCAGGGCCGGAGCGACGUGCGGCCAGCAGCGGGCGGUGAGGCCCAGUGGCUGGAGGCGCAGCUGGAGGUGAAGCUGGUGACAGCGGGCAGCCCUGUGGUCCUCGCUGGAAACCUCAGCCGGCAGCCGGGGAGCAAGCUGGCCUUCUCCGUGUCGCUGAGCAACCUGCUGAGCACCCAGGCCCACCUGUCAGUGCUGCUGGAGAAGAAGGCAGAGGACGGGCUGCAGGUGGCGGUCCUGGCUGGCGAGCUCUCUGUGCCGGGGCUCGUGGGGCUGCGCACCCUGGGCCGGCUGCAGCAGCGGGGGCGCCUCUGGACCAGCUCCCUGAGGAUCAAGUACGGCCUCCUGGGUCAGGCGGAGCGGCUGGCGCAGGAGUGCAGCACCGGCCAGCAGCUACGGGCGGAGAGUAGCCCAGAGGGCGCCUACAAGCUGGAGCUGGACCACGAGCUCCACUGCACGCAGCUCCCAGCCUUCAGCCACAAGGUCCAGCUCCGGCACGAGGAUGGCUCGGGCCACUUGCACUGGCAGCUGCAGGCGAGCUACGGGCGGCACUGGGCUGAGAGCAGCAAUCCGAGACGGCUCCGCGUCAGCCAGACCUUCCAGAACGACUCGGGCCCAGCACUGAGCAAUUACUUCGUGGAGUUUGUGCUGCAGGUGCCCGUGAAGCAGGUGGAUUGCCGUAUGCAGCUGCACCACUUGAGCCUCCGCCAGCCCCACGUGGAGAGCAGCACGUUCCUGAAGGUGCAGUACAACGGGCGGCUGCCCUUCGUGGCAGGCUUGCAGUGGAAGGACACAUCCCGGGCCACCCUGUGGAAGUGGGAAGGAGCCUUGACCCUGGACAGUCCGUGGCUGAUGGUCUCUGCGGCUCACAGGCUGUACUGGCCUCAUCGAGCCACGUUCCAGGCGGGCCUGGAGCUGACGCUGGGCAAGGCCUGGACUCUCAAGAAUCUGGUGAUGAACGUGGCCUGCAGGGGCCAGGGCCUCGCCAGGGAGGGCAAGAUCCACAUCUACACCCCAGCGACCACUUACCUCCGGGUUUCCACGGUGAUGACCUUGGCACGGAGCCUCUUCCGCAGCUGGAGUGAGGUGGAAUCCGCCUGGAGUGCGGCAGUGCAGAGCGAGAUCCGGGCUGAGAACAGCCGGGACCGUAAGACCCUUCACUGCUGGUUGAAGGGCCCCCGGCGGGAGCUGAACCUGACGGCGGCCUACAGGCACGCGGAGCAGCCCCGGAAGACCCACGUGUCGCUGAUGGCUCUGGGGACCCGUGCUGGGGGCCAGCCUCAGGGCCUGCAGUUGGAGGGUGAGCUGGAGGAGCUGACCCACGACAGCGUGUUGUACCGGAAGCGGGGGACCUUCCUCCUUAGGCACCCGUUGGCUCUGCCAGGCCCGCAGAGCCUGCUCCUGCAGGAGACGUUCACGGUGGAGAAGCAGCAGCAGCGGUCCUCCCUGGAGACCAGGGUUGUCCUGAAUGGCCGAGAGGAGACCCUGCAGACCAUCGUCCUGGGCUACCAGGCGGGGCACCCCUAUGUCUGUGCAGGCCUGACCCACCCCUACAGCGGCACGGCCAUCCCCGGGAGCCUGGAGGGUCCGCUUGACAGCCAGAGGGAUCUUUUCAUCAUGCUGGCGUAA